CACAACAACACAGGAGGACUGUUAGUACUACUGUCAGGACACUUCAGUACUACUGUCAGGACACGUGUACUACUGUCAGCACACUUUAGUACUACUGUCAGGACACGUGUACUACUGUCAGGACACGUGUACUACUGUCAGGACACUUAAGUACUACUGUCAGGACACGUGUACUACUGUCAGGACACUUCAGUACUACUGUCAGGACAUUUCAGUACUACUGUCAGGACACUUCAGUACUACUGUCAGGACACAGGUGUACUACUGUCAGGACACAUGUUGUGUACUACUGUCAGGACACAUGUUGUGUACUACUGUCAGGACACAUGUGUACUACUGUCAGGACAUGUGUACUACUGUCAGGACACUUCAGUACUACUGUCAGGACACGUGUUCUACUGUCAGGACACAUCAGUACUACUGUCAGGACACAGGUGUACUACUGUCAGGACACAUGUUGUGUACUACUGUCAGGACACGUGUUCUACUGUCAGGACAUGUGUACUACUGUCAGGACACUUCAGUACUACUGUCAGGACACAUGUUGUGUACUACUGUCAGGACACUUCAGUACUACUGUCAGGACACUUCAGUACUACUGUCAGGACACAUGUUGUGUACUACUGUCAGGACACAUCAGGACUACUGUCAGGACACAUGUUGUGUACCAGUACUACUGUCAGGACACAUGAGUACUACUGUCAGGACACAUGUUGUGUACCAGUACUACUGUCAGGACACAUGAGUACUACUGCCAAGACACAUGUUGUGUACCAGUACUACUGUCAGGACACAUGUUGUGUACCAGUACUACUGUCAGGACACAUGUUGUGUACUACUGUCAGGACACAUGUGUACUACUGUCAGGACAUGUGUACUACUGUCAGGACACUUCAGUACUACUGUCAGGACACAUCAGUACUACUGUCAGGACACAUGUGUACUACUGUCAGGACACGUGUACUACUGUCAGGACACAUCAGUACUACUGUCAGGACACAUCAGUACUACUGUCAGGACACAUGUGUACUACUGUCAGGACACAUGUGUUCUACUGUCAGGACAUGUGUACUACUGUCAGGACACUUCAGUACUACUGUCAGGACACUUCAGUACUAUUGUCAGGACACUUCAGUACUACUGUCAGGACACAGGUGUACUACUGUCAGGACACAUGUGUACUACUGUCAGGACACAUGUUGUGUACUACUGUCAGGACACAUGUGUACUACUGUCAGGACAUGUGUACUACUGUCGGGACAUGUGUACUACUGUCAGGACACUUCAGUACUACUGUCAGGACACAUGUGUUCUACUGUCAGGACACAGGUGUACUACUGUCAGGACACUUCAGUACUACUGUCAGGACACAUGUUGUGCACUACUGUCAGGACACAUCAGCACUACUGUCAGGACACAUGUUGUGUACCAGUACUACUGUCAGGACACAUGAGUACUACUGUCAAGACACAUGUUGUGUACCAGUACUACUGUCAGGACACAUGUUGUGUACCAGUACUACUGUCAGGACACAUGAGUACUACUGUCAGGACACAUGAGUACUACUAUCAAGACACAUGAGUACUACUGUCAGGACACAUGUUGUGUACCAGUACUACUGUCAGGACACAUGUUGUGUACCAGUACUACUGUCAGUACACAUGAGUACUACUAUCAGGACACAUGAGUACUACUAUCAGGACACAUGAGUUCUACUGUCAGGACACAUGUUGUGUACCAGUACCACUGUCAGGACACAUGUUGUGUACCAGUACUACUGUCAGGACACAUGAGUACUACUAUCAGGACACAUGAGUACUACUGUCAGGACACAUGAGUACUACUAUCAGGACACCAGUACUAAUGUCGUCAUCUUCAUCAUCAUCAUCAUUGUCAUCACUGUCAGAGAACAAAAUAAAAUCCUGCG